AGGCUGGCAAGCGUGGUCACUUGUUCACGCGUAAAUCCUUCCAUUUCACCUUCAGCGCAAGCACACUAUAUUAAGCGGAAAAUCUACUCGGCUGUUGCUAUGUCAUGUCGAUUUCUCAUAGGUUUAAAUCGUAGGCUAGCCAGAAUAGGAGACUUUUUCAUAGACUAUGGAGGAUGCCUUUUCUUGGUUUUUAUGAUAAUGGCUGUUUACUAUGUUGGCAUUACUAUCUCAUGUGCUAGCUUCAGAUCUUCUGAGCACUGUCAUAUGGUCUCGAAAAUAGGAGUCCUAAUCAUAGUUGAGAUUGUCAUCAAUCUCAUCUUCUUUCAGUAUUACUCUCGGCAUAACUGUGUUACUCACUGGCAACGGCAGUCUUGUGUGGCUGGAUUAUUCAGAAGUCUUCCAACAGAUGAGUUGACUCUCGCAGCAGAAGAAGAAGGCGAGUACGACCCAACCUAUCUUUCAAGGUUCUGUAGCGUAUGCAAUCGCGAGGCGCCGAUCAGAAGUCAUCACUGUCCGAUCUGCAAAAUUUGUGUUCUGCGGAAGGAUCACCAUUGUUUCAUAACUGGUGCAUGCGUUGGACUAGGAAAUCAACGUUAUUUUAUCAUAUUUCUAUUCUGGUCUUGUAUGGGUUUAUUACUUGGAGCGCGGUACACCGCUGUUUAUCUAUACGAAACCUCUUCAGCUGGCUUUCCUCUUGGAUUUCUGUACUGUGUUGGUCCGAUAGCUGUUGUUCGAUGGAUUGUCGGAUACAGCACGUUUUUGCACGCUUUCAUAUGCACUAUAUUCUCCUUCAUUCUUGCGAGCUUCGUAGCGGCUUCGGGAUUUUUUGGACUCCAGAUUUAUUAUACUUGCUAUGGUUAUACCAUGUACGAGUAUCACAGCAGUGUACGUGACGCGUUCGAUGGUGACGGCGCUAACAUCGGAGAAAGAUUUCGUCUUAUUUUUGGCCGCUACUGGUUACUUAACUUCUUUUUCCCUCAAUUAUGGUACGCUCAGAUCUUAACCACCCAGAUUGCGACCAAUUUGUUUCGCGUGAGGAGCAAACAGCUUUAGCUGUCUAUAUACUAACAGUUACUCCAUCGUUCUGCCAUUACUUUCUGAUCUCGCAUCAUGACUCUGAUAUACGUGUCACUAUAACGCUUUUUGUUUGUGCGGGUAUUGUUCUUAGUGCAAUAAUGGAUCUACUUCCUCGUCCGAAUUCGCUGAGAGUUCUUGUUAUUCAUGGUACAAAUGUCUCCGCAUUAUGUGACUUCAUGCAGCCUGCAUAAAAUAUUUUUUACGGU